AUGAACGACUCGGACUGGGACUCCUACCAGGAGCAGCGGUUCGCUCGCCCGCACAUGCGCUACAAAGAUGGGAGCUCGUCCUCUGAUAGCGAAACUCCCUCCCGCUCAGAAAACACUGGUCACGAAGGUGGCGAGGCAUGGCAAAGACACCCUCCUCGUGAACAUAUGCAGAGCACCGUUCCGCCCUCGAAUGCACUCGUACCCAGGUAUCACCACCACCCCCAAGUCCUGCUGCAAGCCCCCGCCGCCCAGCAGCCCGUCAACAUGACCGUGAUCGUGAACGUCCUCGACAAGGAGGGCGCCAAGCAAGUCCUCAACUCCCUGCCGGACCUCGUGAAGUCACAAAGCUCUGCCAACAACGGGCAGCGUUUGCUUGCGGCCGGUCCACACGUCGUCAUGACUCCUCCGUACUCUGGGGGCCGAUCGGUGUGGCGGGCUCCUCCACCACCGCCGCCGUGGAUGCAUCAGGGCAAACGUGGGUAUGACUACGACUACGACUACCAAGGCGCGUAUGCGGAAAGUAAGCGCAGGCGCGCUGAGGUCGUCGAGGUGGCCGACGAGGACGAAGAACCCGCCGCCGGAGAGGCUCCUGUUCAUGGUGAAGAUGUCAAGGAUGUGGCGCCGCCGCAUGUGCCAAAUAGCAUGAUUCCUGAACAGGCGGACGAAUGGCUCCCCGGCGCGAGCGUAAGGCGGCAGACCUCCAUAAAGCGCUCGGAGUCCGAGACUGCUCGCCGUCAAGAGCAGGAAGCCGAGAUGUACAACAGACGAGUUCAUUCCGAGCCUGAGAGCGACCGCAUGAUGCCGCCACCCACUCCGACACAUGCACCUCCAAGUAGGAAGGUGACUCCGGCACCUGUGCAAGACAGAGGCGUCUCCUACGCGCCGCAGGAUACGACUGAAUCGCGGCCAUACCCCGAACCCAUGCCCUCUCCACGCUUUGUGCACUACACCUACCCUCCGCCGGCACCGGAGCGUCAGCGCCGAGCGGGGCGUCCCCGUAAAGCACCUCAAGGCCGUCAACGCUCGCGGCCCGUAACCAGGAGCAUGCACCUUGGCCCGCCGAUGCAGAGACAGCCCGAAGAGGCACCUCUCUCAGGCCCCGCCCCUGCGGUUGAUGGGCUGAACGAUGCCCAGCAAGCACAUUUCGGUUCAUUCUACUCACCGCGUUAUGCCGCGCCGUCGACUCCUGGGGCUGUCCGCGCGUCCCCGUCUUCUUUCCCUUCCGCCGGGCCUUCUCGGGCGGGUCACAGAAAUAAUCAGGUGCUCAAUCGAGAGCCUGUGAAAGAAUAUCGGUGCGACGCGAACGGAUCGACAUCGGGGAACUCGUACUCUUUGGGGCCGGUGGGCGACUGGAGGGGCGCUGGAGCCUGA